AUGGUUCAUUUAGACCAAUUAUAUAAUUCCAAUCAUAACACGCCUUUGAGUACCGUUUCUUCCUCGAGCUUUAUGAAACAGGGGUACAGGCUGUUGACUAUUUUCCUCCUGACUGAGAAAUUGAAAUAUAAUCCUAUGUGUUGGAAUGUAUGUCUUUUACUGAGCGCUUAG